AUGUCGACCGACGCUGUCAGCGCUCCAGUCCCGGAGCCUGCACCUGUGCCGGCGCAAUCGACCGCCAAUGGCGACAAGGAAGAGCCUACGAUUGAAUGUGCGACGAAGCCUGCCUUCCUUCACUCCCCGCCUGAUAGCAACAAUGCACCCAAAUCCGACGGCAGCGACUCGGAGCUCAGCGACCUUGACGACGAUGCUGUUGAAGCGCCCCAAAAACAGGACGAGGCGCAACCCGAGGUCGAGGAUGACAUCGGCGAGGUCCUCCCCGACCAUUGGUCUGGAACCGUGCCUGUCUUCAAGCCGACCAUGCACCAGUUCAAGGAUUUCAAGCUAUUCAUGACGAAGGUCGAUAAAUAUGGAAUGAAGUCCGGAAUCAUCAAGAUCAUUCCUCCCUCCGAAUGGAAAGAAAACCUCCCGAAACUCGAUGACCUCGUGAAGCAGAUCAGAGUCAGAGAACCGAUCAAACAGGAUAUCAUGGGAUCGAAUGGAACCUAUCGACAGGUCAACAUCGUUCACGGAAGAUCGUAUAACCUUCCGCAGUGGCGACAACUUUGCGAUCAGAGCGAGCAUCAGCCCCCGGCAAGGCGAGGCGAGCGCCGAGCGAACGUUGAAAAGCCGAAGCCUCGAUCCGCCCCCAGACCACGACCUGCCGCAAAGUCAACGCCGUCCGGUUCUAAGAAGCGCGGCCGCGGCCGACCAGCGAGGGGCAAGGCCAAGAUCCAAGAAGAAGAGGAGGCCAACGAAGAGGGAAACCGACCUAUGACGCCGGUAUCACCGAAGGCCGACGCCGAGGUCGAAAUCAAAAAGGAAGAAGUCGUUGACUCAGUCGAGGACCCCGGAACGGAUGUCGAUGACGAUGAGCCGCCUACUGUCGGUAGAAUGGGUCGCAUGGGCGGGAUCAAGCCCUCAAAGCCAAAGACUCAGUCGGUAUCGGCUCGCCGGAAGUACAGCAGAAGGGAAGGUUCCGCCAUGAUUGAUGAAGAGGCUUUCAAGGAUUUCAACUACCAGAUGGACGUCUCAGAUUAUACACCUGAACGCUGCGAGGAGCUUGAAAGGAUAUACUGGAAGACACUAACGUACGCACCGCCACUCUACGGUGCAGAUCUGAUGGGCACUCUCUUCGACGAGUCAACGGAAAUGUGGAACUUGAACAAGCUGCCCAAUCUCUUGGAUGUUCUCGGCACCAAGGUUCCUGGUGUGAACACCGCCUACCUCUAUCUCGGCAUGUGGAAGGCUACUUUCGCCUGGCAUUUGGAAGACGUCGACUUGUACAGCAUCAACUACCUCCAUUUUGGUGCUCCGAAGCAGUGGUACAGCAUCUCUCAAGCCGAUGCCCGUCGGUUUGAAGCGGCAAUGAAGAAUAUCUGGCCUACCGACGCCAAGGCGUGUGAUCAGUUCCUCCGGCACAAGGGAUUUUUGAUCUCGCCGUCGCAUCUCAAGCAACACUACAACAUCACGGUCAACAAAUGUGUUUCCUAUCCUGGAGAGUUUGUUGUUACAUACCCUUACGGUUACCACUCGGGAUACAACCUGGGCUACAACUGCGCUGAAGCUGUCAACUUUGCGCUCGAAUCGUGGCUUCCCAUGGGCAAGAUUGCCAAGCGAUGCGAAUGCGCACAGGCGCAGGACAGUGUGUGGGUUGAUGUUUAUGAUAUUGAGCGAAAGCUCCGCGGCGAAGAAACCGAGUACGAAGAAACGGACGAUGACGAUGAUGAGGAGGACGAAGAUGAAGACGAAGACGCCAGCGGCCUUCUUUCACCGCCCAACAGCAACACUGUCGUCAUCAAGACCAGUCGGAAGCGGAAGCGUGCAGGAGACAAGGGUGGAAAGACAAAGGUCAAGAAGAUUCGUCUCAAGGUUAAGACUCGCGCCGAGCCGAUCUGCUGCCUGUGCCCCAGCGACAUCCCUGGCGCAGAAAUCCUUCCGACGGACGACGGCCGCAAGGCCCACCGCAUGUGUGCCCUUUACUUGCCCGAGACGUACAUCGAUACAGUGGACGACAAGGAGAUCAUUGCCAACGUUGCCAACAUCAACAAGGAACGCCUGGAUCUCAAGUGCCUGUAUUGCCGAUCCAAGAAGGGCGCUUGCUUCCAGUGCUCUCAGAAGAAGUGUGCCCGUGCGUACCAUGCUACCUGCGCCGCAGCGGCGGGUGUCUUUGUUGAGGAGGCCGAAGUCCCUGUGUUUGGCGAAGAUGGAACCGAGUACAAGGAGCAGGCUUUCGAGUUCAGUUGUCGGUUCCACCGUACGAAGAGAGACCGCAAGUUUGACGGCGACUCCCUCGAGGAAGAUGAGCGAAUUCGUAAAGCUGCUGCCGCUCUUAAGAAGGGCGAGAUCUGCCAAAUGCAGUACUAUAAGGGCGACAUCUUUGCAGGUGUUGUGGUGGAGAACCGCGCAGACGAGCAGAUGCUUCUACUGGACAUCGUUCCUAAUGGGUACGAUUCUCCUGUUGGUGUUGAGAAAAAUCGACUAACGUGCACUAGUGAUCGUCUGGAAGUCGAGUGGAAAUGGCUCUUAUUGCCCGAUCCUUCAGAUUACCACCUUCCGAAAGCCUCGGCAAAGGCCAUCCCGAUGCCCUCUUCGCAAAAGGCGAAGGACAAGCUCAAUGCGAAACGGCCUGCUGAUGAGGUGCCCAGGAAAGAUGCUCCCUUCGUUGAGGGCUACACAUGGGCAGAAUUCCACCCAUGCGAUGAGUGUGCCAACCCGAACCAAGUCAAGAUCGAUCUGUCGAAAGACAAUCAGGUAUGGCAUUACUUGGGCAAGACGUCAACAGAGGCCAAGGCGCAGUACUCUGAGGAUCCUGCAAAAGAGCAGCAUAAUCCCAAGAGUAACUAUCUUGACACCAUUCCGAAGCCGCCGAAGCCUGUCUCCGCGACUGCAGCUCAGCGGCGCCCCUCAAAUAUUCCGCCACAACCGAUUCCCAUGGCCAGCCCUAGUGUCGCUAUUCAGUCGGGACUUAAGACAGAGAAGCCUUACGUGUACAAGCCGCGGAAGCCCGUCGAGCCAUCUUACGCUGGGCCAGGAACAUUCACGACCCAAAAGUUCACACCAAAGGCCUCCCCUUCUCCCUCUCCCAUGGGCCAGCAGCUCUACUUUGGCUCAGACCCACAUUAUCAAAUGCAACAAGGCCAUUACGCGCAGCAAAGGUUUACGCCCAACAUCCACCAGCCGUACAACCCUGCAGGCCCUGGACAGUAUGCAGCAUCGAAUAACACGCAGCGGCAAAGUCCUUAUGCCACCCCGGUACAACCGCCGGGAGGCCCCGCAAAACAGGCACAGCAGAUGUGGCCAACGCCAUCACAAAGCCCGCGACCUCCACCGCCGCCAGCAGGGUACUCGCAAGCGUCCACGCCUCAGAAUCACAGAAGGUAUUCAGCUGCGCCAUCUCCUUCGGUCGCUAUGAAGUAUGCUUUCUUCCAAGUGCACCACAACCGGGACUCUAAGACAUACCGAACUCCAUACGCACCGUGGAGAGGCUUCACGAAUGGCUACGAGGGCAACCUGAGGGCCCAUUUGAUGCGGAUAUCACCUGAAGCCUUCUUUAAGAAUAACCGGCAGGGCUCUGUUCAAAGCGCAUCGCCAGCAUCCAGCUCCGCUGGUCGUCCUCCAGCUCCUGCGCACAGCAGUCCAUACUAUAACACGUUCACAACUGCCGCACCGCAAGGCUCUAUUGGUGUGUACGGUCAGAAGACCACCACGCCGUCGUACUCUUCGCCGGUUCCCAGGCCGACACACGACCCUGCGAGAACGCAGUAUACUUCGAUGUCUCCCAGCCCGGUGCCCAACGGCUCGCAUCAAAGCCCGCAUGGCUAUAACAACGCAUGGAACGCGCAGCAGCAGCCGCCGUCUACACCUCUCCAUCCAGCCAUUCGACCGCAGUACGGAGCUUGGGUGAACCAGCCUCAGCAACCUCAACCGCACAACCAGGCCACACCACCGCAUCACCAGCAGGCGCAACAGCAGCAGCAGACACCACAGCAGCCUACUGCUCCCCAGCCCGCCGCUAGCCAUUCACAGUCGGCCGAGAAGAAGGCAGAGGCUGCACCAAAACCGGCUGCGCCAAAGGUGCAGUACAAGAUCCCCGAAAAGCAAACCCCUGUCCCGCUACCCGCCAAGUACCUCGCAGCUAUGGGCAAAAUGGCACCGACUCCUACCAAGGCCAGCCCGCAGUCCAACGGAGCACCCUCGCAGGACAAGUCAUCCCCGACUUCUGCUUCGGCAAACUCAACCCGUACGCCGCAGGUGGUCGGCACACAAAAUUCUUCGGCUCAAGCCAGCUCCCCUUCUCGGCCAUCGACAGCCUCAAAGAAGACCGCUGUGCCCGUCUCGCAGACACCCGUGCCCCUGCCGCAAACAGCAGUACCGGCGCCGCCUCAGCGGAUGCCAUUCACAAACCAAUUCUCUGCCAAUCGUCCAUCACAACCGACUUACCAGCCUCAAACGCAGGCACAUACGGGUCAGCCAAACCCGCGGCCGUUUCAAUCUGUGGGACAGCCCCGUACAGAACACCACUCUCUGAACCCGGCGGAGAUUCUGGCGCAGAUUGCCACACAGCCUCGCAUGAACCCUCCUACCCCUACAACUCCUCACCAGCCAAUGCCUUCAGCGGCACCACAGCAAUCACCCGGUCCUCGUUAUUAUGCUGGGCAGCAGGUGCCGCAGGCACACAAUGGAGUGAUGCCUCAACAGCAGUAUUUCCAACACUACGCGCCGGCGCCCCAGGGCCAAUAUCCUCCGCCUCAGCCUCAGUACGCUCAUCAGUACCCGCCGCAAAAUACGGCCCCUAGCUACCCUCCGCAACCUGCUCCGGCGGGUGAUGUACCUCUGCCGGAAGUACCCGCAGAUUCUACAGCGCUGGUGGAGAGGAUGAUGCAGAACCUGCGUCGUGCGGCCUCUAAUGGCUGA